AUGGGAUUCCCUGAUGUUAUUACGGGAGGAUGUCUUUGCGGCUCGGUCCGCUACUCCAUAUCUGCGUCUAGUGAGACCCCAUGGCCGCCUCAGUCAUCAGCUUGUCAAUGCACAAUGUGUCGAAAGUGGACGUCGUCCCUCAUUGCGCAAUUCAUCAUUGUGCUCCCGGACCAGCUGGAGCCGCCUUUACACACACAUGAAACAUACGACGAAUAUGAAUCAUCACCUGGCCGCUAUAGAGGAUUCUGCAAGCGGUGCGGAACCUCAUUGGUUUGGCGAUCCACAGAUGAUAGUAGCACCGUCGAUGUUUUCCUGGGGACCGUCGAUGAAAGGUGGCUUGUGCAUGAAGACGGCGGCAAGGUUGGUCAAGAGCUGGCUAGGCCCAAUGGGACACAAUUUUGGAUGGAGAACGCCAUUCCAGGAGUGACUGAUCUGCUGAAGGGAGGGAAAGAGUUUCUCAAAGAAGGGGAGGACGGGUGGGAGAGAAAGAGGGAAUAG